AGUAGCCCACGUACCAGAACAAGUAUAAAAGUAUUCUGAUCCAGGAACGGAGCGAGAUAAGCAAAAACACUUUGUAAAAGUUUUACGGAUAAUUAGGCCUAUCUGGACGAAGCAGAGAAUUCUUCGCGGAUCCAGAGAAGAAUCCACACAGAUAAAAAUGCCAGGUGAGCGGUUGAUAGUAAGAGACACAUCAGAGGUGGGGCGUUUCCCCGGAGCAGCCCCACCCACCAGGGUGGAGCUGACCAUUCAGAAAGAGGGCGAGAAGAAACAGGAGGAGGGAGGCUGUCGUCGCUGGUUGAGGAAGAUGUGUCCGUGCUGCUGUAAACGCCAGAACAGCAACUCCGGUGAUGUUACAGAUAAGGUGGAAGUGGUCGUACCCCCGGCCCCAGCUCCUGCACCGGCCCCAGAGCCCGCCAAGCCAAAGCCUGAGAAUGGAGAAGCAAAGGAAAUGGAAGAAAUAAAGUUGUUGGUGCGUUCUGUGGACCUGCUGAGCUCCAAGACGGGUAAAAACAGACAAGAGCAUCACACCGACUUGUAUCACGGGGACGAGCUGAUCAUUCGCAGAGGACAGACCUUCCAGAUAGAGCUGGAGCUCAACAAGCGCUUCAAUGUUGACACUGACAAGCUGCAUCUGGACCUGAAAACAGGUCCCCUGCCCAUGGUGUCUAAAGGCACCCAUGUCAUCGUUCCACUGGUGGAUCACCUGGAGGAUGAACGCUGGGAAGCCAAGAUUGUGGAGCAGAACGGCAACAAGAUCAAACUGUCCGUCAACUCACCAGCCAGUGCUGUGAUUGGCCUAUAUGGGUUCACGGUGACAACCAGCUCUUCAAAGGGCAAGGAAGCAACAACUCACAACUCCAGCAAGAACAUUGUCAUGCUCUUCAACCCUUGGUGUGAAGAGGACAUGGUGUUCAUGGAUGAAGAGGAGGAGAGGAAGGAGUAUGUUCUGAAUGACAUCGGAAGGAUUUAUUAUGGCACAGAGAAACAAAUAGGUGCCCGCACAUGGAACUUCGGGCAGUUUCAUGAAGGAAUCCUGGAAGCAUGUCUGUUCAUCCUGGAGAAGAGUGACAUGCCUGCAUCUGGUCGAGGGGAUGCUGUCAAUGUGGUUAGAGUCAUAUCUGCCAUGAUAAACGCUCAGGAUGACUUUGGGGUUCUGGUAGGGAACUGGUCUGGGGAUUACUCUAAAGGAGUUUCUCCUUCGGCAUGGAGCAGCAGUGUGGAGAUCCUGAGGAAAUACCACUCCUCCAAUGGAACGCCUGUGGCAUAUGGACAGUGUUGGGUCUUCUCUGGGGUCACUACAACAGUGCUGCGGUGUCUCGGCAUACCCGCCCGCAGUGUGACCAACUUCCAGUCUGCACAUGAUACUGAUGUAUCCCUCACUACAGAUGUUUAUUUUGAUGAGAAUUUGGAGCCAAUUGACUACCUCAACACUGAUUCUGUGUGGAACUUCCACGUAUGGAAUGACUGCUGGAUGGCGAGACCAGACCUGCCGCCUGGUCAUGGAGGCUGGCAGGCUGUUGACUCCACUCCCCAGGAAACUAGCCAGGGCACUUUCCGCUGCGGCCCUUGCUCUCUCAACGCCAUCCGCUCUGGCCAUGUCUACCUCAAACAUGACACACCAUUUGUCUUCGCUGAGGUCAACAGUGAUAAGAUCUACUGGCAGAGGAAGCUGGACGGUACUUUCAGCCAGAUCCACAGUGAGAAGAAAGCUGUUGGCCGCUUCAUCAGCACUAAAGCAGUGGGUUCUGACGAGCGGGCAGACAUUACACACCUGUACAAAUAUGAAGAAGGUUCUGAAGAGGAACGCAUUGCUGUAGAGACUGCAAGUCGCUACGGCAGCAAGCCAGAUGUCUACUCCUCGCCUGUGGCAGAGGAUGUGUCCGUGGAGGUGAAGAUAGAUGGUGAGGGGCCCAGGAUGGGUGCUGAUGCCCAACUGAGCAUCCUAGUGAAGAACCUGAGCUCGCAUCCUCGUCGGACCACUCUGCACAGCCAGGUGGCUGUCAUGUAUUACACCGGUGUGCUGAAGGGAACCAUCAAGAAGGAGGAGCUGCCUGUGGAGCUUCUGCCCCAUGAAGAAAAGACAAUUGAGUGGGUGCUGCCCUACCAACAGUAUCAAAACCAGCUGGUGGAUCAGGCAGCUCUGAUGCUGACUCUGUCUGGAAGAGUCACUGAGACCCAGCAAGUAUUAGCCAACCAGACCACCUUCAGGCUCCGUACGCCUGACCUUAGCAUCACGCCUUUGGGAGAAGCUGUGGUUGGUAAGGAAAUGGCAGCCAAGAUUACCUUCACCAACCCCCUGCCACGUACACUAAAGGGAGUAGUGUUCAGAGUGGAGGGCCUGGGUCUGCAGAAGGGCCAUGAAGUGGUUGUGGGUGACGUCGGAGGUCACUCAACAGUGACACUGACAGAGCACUUCAUCCCCGCCCAGUCCGGACCCAGGAAGCUGGUGGCGUCUCUUGACUGUAAACAGCUCACGCAAGUGCAUGGGGUGGCUGAUAUUGUCGUUCUUGAGAAAUGAGAGGGAGCUAGCAACACCACUUCCUCAAUUUUUCCUUAUAAAAUAUAAACUGAGACUGUAAUUAUAUGAAAACUGUCCAAAGUUUCUGUAUCUUAAACAAUCUUGUUUAUUUUGUAUUACAGCAAAGUUUCAAUUGUUGAUGUAUUUAAAACUUUGAACGGAUAAUUAAUAACUGUAGCAUUAUCAGUAUUGUUUUUUUUAAUAUAAUUCACACUUCUGCCUUGCUCUGAAAUGUCAAAACUGUGGUGAAGUAUCAAGCAGGGGAACAGCAAAUGAAGUGCUUUAAUUAACAAGCAUUAUUAUAUUGAAGUUAUAAAACUGUCAAGAUUAUAUACUAGUGUGUUUCGACACACUGAACAAAUGAUGUGAAGGUGGAGAAAGGUGGGUCAUGAUAUUCUUGUGAUGAUGUAUAAACUGUAUGUGUAUUAUUCAUUUGGCUUGUCAUAAGGUGAAAAGUGUUGUCAGACAAAGUGAACCUUACAUGAAGGAAGGGAAUGAUGACAAAAUUGGCUCUGACAUUUUGCAAAGGGCACAUUAGAAUUUGCUCAGAUGUUUCUGUUAGCUUUGACUGGGACAUUUGUAAUUAUUGCUGAAAGUUAAAGUCAUUUUUCUGUGCCAAUUAACAAUGUCGAUUUCCAAAAAUCUAAAUCUACAAGGAUGUGGCUAAAAGGUUGUUCUAAUCUGCUGAAAGUCAAAUUGAGAAUGUUUUAUUUUGAAAACCAACAAAUUGUAAAACUGAAACGUCUCCAUUUGCAGAAUGCAAACCAAAUUGUUCCCUCAAGAAAAAUUCUGCCUGAUGUUCUCUUGUUUUUGUUCCUCCACCGUGUGUAUAAUAACAUUGAUGUCAGCUUCACGGCACAUUGCAACUUACCUGCAAGAUUUGAUACGUCACAAAUGUGAGUUCCAGCAAGCUGUGACAGAAUAGAGACCGCGGUGGCCUUAAUUCACACCUUAGCUGUAGCUGCUUCUCGUCUCAGCACUUAAAAGUACAAUGUGAAGAAAACUAUUGUAUAACAUUACACUAUUUAUCUGCCAUAUCUACCUGGAAUGUUUAUGUUUUGUAUUGUAUGUGUUGGUAAUAAAACGUACACUAACAUGA